AUGGAGACCGGCAGCAAGAUGACGGCCCGUCUGAUGCUCGCUGUGGGAGGAGCGGUGCUGGGUUCCCUGCAGUUCGGCUACAACACCGGUGUCAUCAAUGCCCCACAGAAGGUGAUUGAGGACUUCUACAACCGCACGUGGCUAUACCGAUACAAUGAGCCCAUCAGCCCGGCCACCCUCACCACGCUCUGGUCCCUCUCUGUGGCCAUCUUCUCCGUUGGAGGCAUGAUCGGAUCCUUUUCCGUGGGGCUCUUUGUCAAUCGCUUUGGAAGGCGCAACUCCAUGCUGAUGUCCAACAUUCUUGCCUUCGUGUCAGCCGUCCUCAUGGGCUUCUCCAAGAUGGCUUUCUCCUUCGAGAUGCUCAUCCUCGGCCGCUUCAUCAUCGGCCUCUACUCCGGCCUCACCACCGGUUUCGUGCCCAUGUAUGUGGGUGAGGUAUCACCCACUGCCCUGCGGGGUGCACUGGGGACCUUCCACCAGCUCGGCAUCGUCUUGGGCAUCCUCAUUGCACAGGUCUUCGGCUUGGACUUGAUAAUGGGAAAUGACUCCCUGUGGCCGCUGCUCCUGGGCUUCAUCUUCUUGCCUGCCCUGCUGCAGUGCAUCAUCCUGCCCUUCGCCCCCGAGAGCCCCCGUUUCCUCCUCAUCAACCGCAAUGAGGAGAACAAAGCCAAGAGCGUCCUCAAGAAGCUACGGGGCACAACGGACGUCAGCAGCGACCUCCAGGAGAUGAAGGAGGAGAGCAGGCAAAUGAUGAGGGAGAAGAAGGUCACCAUAAUGGAGCUGUUCCGCUCCCCCAUGUAUCGCCAGCCCAUCCUCAUUGCCAUCGUCCUGCAGCUGUCCCAGCAGCUCUCGGGGAUCAACGCGGUCUUCUACUACUCCACCAGCAUCUUUGAGAAGUCAGGUGUGGAGCAGCCUGUCUAUGCCACCAUUGGCUCUGGUGUGGUCAAUACAGCUUUCACGGUUGUUUCGCUCUUCGUGGUGGAGCGGGCUGGCCGCAGGACACUGCACCUCAUCGGCCUGGCUGGGAUGGCUGGGUGCGCGGUGCUCAUGACCGUUGCCCUGGCGCUGCUGGACCAAAUGCCCUGGAUGUCCUACCUCAGCAUCGUGGCCAUCUUCGGGUUCGUGGCCUUCUUUGAGAUCGGCCCAGGCCCCAUCCCCUGGUUCAUCGUGGCAGAACUGUUCAGCCAAGGCCCUCGUCCUGCUGCCUUCGCUGUCGCCGGGUUGUCCAACUGGACCUCGAACUUCAUUGUGGGCAUGGGCUUCCAGUACAUCGCGCAACUCUGCGGCUCCUACGUCUUCAUCAUCUUCAUGGUGCUGUUAGUGCUCUUCUUCAUCUUCACCUACUUCAAGGUGCCGGAGACAAAGGGCCGGACCUUCGACGAGAUCGCCUCCGGAUUCCGGCAGGGAGGAGCGGCUCAGAGCGACAAAACCCCGGAUGAGUUCCACAGCCUGGGUGCUGACUCACAGGUCUAACCCCCUGCUUUGGGGCUGAGGUUGGGAACGCUCUGUACAGACCAUGGCGCGGGGCCGCGCGCCCCUGCCCCGGCUGCCCUGCUCCACCGGGAAAGGACUCGACACAUUUUAUUAUCAAGUUUUAUUUCUUUUUUUUUUUGUUUUUUUCCUCCUAGGAAAGAUUCUUUUUUAUUUUAUUUUAUUUUUUUUGUUGUUGUUCCUUUUUGGGGUUGUUUCUUUGGUUUUAGCUGGUUUCGCGUCCAGGAUUUCAAAGGCGAGCGAUGUUUUCCCACCCGGGGGCCACGUUCCCUCGGGUCUGGAACGCCGCGACGGGUCCCUCGGCGAGCAUCACGUAGCGGAAGGUUUUAAAGCUGGAACCUGUUCCAUGGUUGUUUUUGGGUUUUUUAACGUUCUAAUCAUAGGAAAAAAAAACCAAGAAAAAAAAAUCACGUAAAUUGACUAAACCUAAAGCCAGGAUGGGUGCAAACCCCAACCAGCUCUUUUUUAACGCAGUCUAACUGAUUUCAAGCCCCCCGGGGCCCAGGGGGUGGGUCAUGGAUGGCCAUUUCCCACCCGGGGCAGCGGUUAGAGCGCGCUCGGUGUCGCCGUGCCGAGCCUCCGCUUUGGGUUAACCUCGGCAAUAUUUGCCCCCACGCCACAGCCCCGGACCCAGCUCCCUUCCCCCCUGCGCUGUGUAUAGACUGGAAGAUAUUUAUAUUAUAUAUAUUUUUGUUCCGUGGUUGUUCAUAGGAGCCCUUUUAAGUUAUAGCGUUUGAUUCGACGAGCGACGUACUGUAAAUACUCUCGGCGUAUAGUCACGUUGUACAACGUCUCCACAAGGUACAGACGCAAAGGGGGUAGUUUUCUAAGCGACAAGGAGCAGCUUUGUCCACGGGUAGGACGACUUUUGUAUAGUUCCGUACCUGCACUGUAGUUGUACCUAUUGCACUGAGUUCCAGGCUGUAGUAUAUUAAAAACAAACCCCGGAAAAUCCCUGUCCUCUGCAGAGAUAACGGGAAUGAUCCCGGCGCAUCCCUGAGCGCAGCUGUGGGAGCUCCCAGCACCUUCCCGAGCCACAGGCAGGGCUUGAAGUAGUGGGGUUUUUCCAUGUAUUUGGGUUGGAAUUGAUUCCAUGUGAAAGGAAAUAAAGGUAAAGGGAGGGAAGGGGGAAUAAUUCACUCCACAAGUUCCCCGUGCUAAAGACCUGUGGGGUUUGGUUUAAAACCCAAGUGUAUAAAGUGAAGUGCCCAGAGGAAGGUGAGUGGAGCGCUCACAAUAAAGGAGGAUGGACGCAGUGA